AUGGACUCCCUUGUCGUUCUCUCCAUCCUAGUAGCCAUUUGCCUCUUUGUCGCCGACUACCUUCUCUCACAACAACGCAUCGCUUACCCUAUUUUUCAAGAGGCCAUCAACAUGGCAGAGGAGUAUCAAUCCGAGACGGACAGUGACUACACCAGCUAUUGGCGUGACUGGUUCAUCUCCUCGCGUGGCAACGAGUACUUUUGUGAGAUCGAUGAAGAAUACAUCACCGACCGCUUCAACUUGACUGGCCUUAACACGGAAGUCCACUACUACCAACACGCCCUCGACCUCAUCACCGAUGUAUUCGACCUCGACUGUGAAGAUGACAUGCGUGAGACGAUCGAAAAGUCUGCCCGCCACCUCUACGGUCUCGUCCACGCACGCUACAUCGUCACCACCCGCGGCCUGGCCAAGAUGGUUGAGAAAUUUAAGAAAUCCGAUUUCGGCCGCUGCCCCCGCGUCAUGUGCGAGAGUCAACCCUUAUUGCCCUUCGGACCCAGCGACAACCCCGGUCUCAAGACCGUGAAGCUCUACUGCGCCAAGUGCGAGGACAUCUAUAACCCGAAAUCGUCCCGCCACGCCGCCAUCGACGGGGCGUACUUCGGCAGUUCCUUCCACAACAUCUUAUUCCAAGUCUACCCCGCCCUGGUCCCGGUCAAGUCUAGAAGACGGUACGAGCCCAAGGUCUUCGGGUUCAAGGUGCAUCACGCGUCCGUCUUGGCUCGUUGGCAGGAUGCGGUGAGGAGACAGCAGCGCAAGCGCUUAGAAGACGCGGGCGUAAUCGCCGAAGGGCAGCAAUUGUUCAUCGAGGAUGCCGAGAGCAGCGACGGGGCCGGUGACGACCGUCUCGAGGAACUCGACGACGACGAACUCGGCGACAAUGGUGAUCGCAGAAUCGCUGCUGCCUCUGGUGACCCGGAGGGUGUGGCCUUGUACGGAAAUGCCCUGGCUUCUUGA